AUUUUCAUAAUGAGGAAAACUAUUAGUCUAAUUCAUGUAAAAGAAAUUAUUAGGUCAACAAAUAAUGAUUUUCUUAAUUUUCUUUAUAAAAAGAAAAAGGAAAAAUCAGAGACUAAUUCAGGACGCUCACGUCCUUGUUGGCGCGUAAAAUCCCAUUUUCGCUCUUCCCAUCGGCAGCGAUUUUUGCUUCUCUUACACUCCCUCCUGCUUCUUCCCUCCGACCCACCGCCACCACCACCUGCAUCUCAGAAUCUAUUCCCCUCUAUUCCGCCGCUAACAUCUCCUUCUUCCUCUCUCUCUCUGCCUCUCUCUGUGACCAUGGAUUUCGCAGCUCAAAGAAGUAGAUCUUAUCCCGUUCUCAUUAUCACUUGCUCAUUCUUUUUCUUAUCUUCAACAGUAAAUCUCUCCAAUGCCUCCAUCCACAUCUAUGCCAAAGAACCCUUCAAUGAAGUUGGAAAUGCUUACCUCCUUUCCGGUGGCAGCGAAGGCAUUGUCGCCUCUGAUUCUUCCGCACCAAAUGGCCGUUCUUAUAUCAGGUUUAGGGAUAUCACGUUUUGGAGGACCAAGGCUGCUGCCGAUGAGCAUUCAGAAAUGGAACAUAGUACGGGAUUGGUACAGGUUGUGAUUUUUGAGACAGCUGACCGGAAUAACAUUGGUGGUUCUGCUUAUGGUGGACAAAGAUCAAUUUGUUGCACCCCUGAUCUUGCUAAGCUGGAAGGUUGCAACCAAGGUGAAAUCAUUAGGAUACCUUCAGCGACAGACACAAAAUGGCCUAUUGUUUUGAAUGUACAAUUCAGUGGUAACUACUUAUCUACAAAUAUACGAGAUGAGUAUGUUAAUAUCACGAGAACUGGAAUGUAUAACUUAUUCUUCAUCACAUGUGAUCCAAAACUGAAGGAACUAAUAAUGAGUGGUAAGACAGUUUGGAAGAAUCCUGGUGGUUAUUUGCCUGGUAGGAUGGCCCCUUUAAUGAAAUUUUAUGUGCUCAUGUCUCUUGCAUAUCUUCUGCUUAGUGUUAUUUGGUUCACCCAGUACAUGAGGUUUUGGAAGGACAUAUUGCAACUUCAGCAUUGCGUCACAGCUGUUAUUGCCCUGGGAUUGUUUGAGAUGAUUCUUUGGUAUUCAGAGUAUGCAAAUUUUAACAGCACAGGAACAAGGCCAGUUGCAAUUACAACUUGGGUUGUGACAGUUGGAGCCGUAAGGAAAACUUUUUCUCGUCUUCUUAUACUCUCAAUUUCAAUGGGUUAUGGUGUUGUGCGGCCUACACUUGGUGGUCUUACCUCAAAGGUUCUUCUACUUGGAUCUACGUAUUUUUUGGCAUCUGAGUUGCUUGAUAUUACCGAGUAUGUGGGGAGUAUUAAUGACAUAUCAGGAAGAGCAAGAUUGUUUCUAGUCCUUCCUAACGCUUUCCUGGAUGCAUUUUUGAUACUGUGGAUAUUUACAUCUCUUUCUAGGACAUUGGAGCAGCUACAGGCAAAAAGAAGUUCUGUCAAGUUGGAUAUAUAUAGGAAGUUCUCAAAUGCAUUAGCUGUGGCAGUUAUAGCUUCUGUUGCUUGGAUAACCUAUGAGGUUUAUUUCAAAGCAACAGAUCCAUUUAAUGAGCGGUGGCAAACUGCUUGGAUCAUUACUGCAUUUUGGGACAUUCUUGCAUUUGCCUUGCUUUGUGUCAUUUGCUAUCUCUGGGCUCCAUCACAAAGCUCUCAACGGUAUGCCUACUCAGAAGAAGUAGGAGAGGAAUCUGAUGAUGAAGAAGCUCAUUAUCUAACUAGGCAAAAAACAGAUGGUGACAUAAAUUUAGUUGAGAAGAAACAAAAGAAUGUUGGGACCACAGAUGGCUUUGAUCAAGAGAAUGGAACAGAAGAGGAUAAAAGAGAAUGAUUAUCUGAAGCAUAUUUUUUCAGUAAUCUCAUUCAGCAGUACUAAACAACUCCUGUCAAUUUGAGCUCAAAAAGGUGAUUACCUGUUAUUCUAGAUAUACUUCUACUAGGCCUGCAGAUGUUUAAAAUUUUGACAUAAUGCGAUUCUACUAAAUCUCCGGGUGAAAAAAAAAACUGCCAGGUUUCUUUCUUGUAUUUCUUCACAGCAUUAGUUUUGUGAUUACUGUGUAAGUAUAUCAAUGAUCAAAAUGUGAGUUGGGAAAUGGAUACUUUAAAACUUCUAGAGUAGCACAUGAAAAAUUGUCGAAAGGAAGAGUUGAUCAAUUUUAAUGCCCCAUCUAUGGCUUGUAUCAUAGUUAAUAAUACUUUUUUUUUCUUUAAAAAAAAAAAAUCUUUUGUUUGUUC